UGUUUUCAACACAAGCUAGCUUUACAUUCUCCACUUCACUUAAAAUACACUGCAUUGAGCGUCAAUGGCUUCCUCUUCUUUCAUGGCCACUUUUACCUUGGCCUUCCUUGUGCUCAUGAGCACCACCAGUGCUCAACUUUCAACAAAUUUCUACUCUAGUUCUUGCCCUAGGCUCUUCUCAACCGUGAAAUCCACCGUGCAAUCCGCUAUACAAAAAGAGGCCCGAAUGGGUGCCUCUCUUCUUCGGCUCCACUUCCAUGACUGUUUUGUUAAUGGAUGUGACGGGUCGCUGCUCCUUGACGACACAUCGAGCUUUACCGGAGAGAAAAAUGCAGCUCCUAAUCGGAAUUCUGCACGGGGAUUUGACGUGGUUGACAACAUAAAGUCCGCAGUGGAAAACGUGUGCCCCGGCGUGGUGUCAUGUGCUGAUAUAUUAGCCAUUGCUGCCAGAGACUCCGUUGUCACUCUUGGAGGGCCAAGUUGGAACGUUAAGUUGGGAAGAAGAGACGCAAGGACUGCAAGCCAAGCCGCUGCUAACAACAACAUCCCCCCUCCAACCCGAAACCUAAACCAGCUCAUCUCUACAUUCAGUGCUGUUGGUCUUUCCACCAGAGACUUGGUUGCUUUAUCCGGAUCCCAUACAAUUGGGCAAGCAAGGUGCACAUCAUUCAGACCCCGCAUAUACAACGAGACCAAUCUGGAUAGUUCCUUGGCUCAAACAAGGCGAUCCAACUGUCCAAGAACCUCUGGCUCAGGAGAUAACAAUUUGGCUCCACUUGACCUUCAAACCCCUACUUCUUUCGACAACAACUACUUCAAAAACCUAAUCCAGAAUAAAGGUCUCCUCCACUCUGACCAGCAGCUCUUCAAUGGUGGUUCCACCGAUUCGAUAGUGAGAGCCUACAGCAACAGCUACAACGCCUUCAGUUCUGACUUUGCGAGUGCUAUGAUCAAGAUGGGAGACAUCAAACCUCUCACUGGAUCCAGUGGGGAGAUUAGGAAGAAUUGUAGGAAGACCAACUAAGCUAUCAGCCCCUAUAUUUGACUAUAGCAUAUAUGGCUUUAGAAUAAAAUUGCUUUGGGGAGAUUUUGUUGUUUGUGUGAAAACCUACUAUGUAACUUGUUUUCAUUAAUUGAGUUGAAAGUAAUUGGUACAAAGAGAGACUUAUACAAAUACAUGGAUAAAUCAAGAUCCUGAAAUUAAGGCC